AUGGUUGUUGUUGUUUGGGUCCCGCCGGCAAAAUGGCUUGGCCAUUUUGGAAGUUGCUUGCUGCUGCUUCUAAUCUGCACCAGUGAGGCAAUCUAUACGACUCCGCGGGUGUGCGAAUAUCUCUGCAAUCCACUGCCGGCGGUCAGCAUCGCCGAUGGAUGUGUGUGCGGCAUCGAGAGGCCAACGGGAUUUGCCGCGGGGGGACUUUCCUAUGACGCUUUCUACGGUAUUCCGUUCGCCAAACCGCCGGUGGACCAGCUGAGAUUUGCGAAUCCCGUUCCGAUAGGAGUGUAUAAAGAUAUCCACAACGGAAGCUUUCCAAGAGGAAUUUGCAUCCAGAAGAAUGAUUUUUCCCCGAACGCUCAGAUUCAAGGGGAUGAGGACUGUUUGCAUUUGAACGUGUACAGACCAAAGAACAUGAACGGUACCCUACCGGUGAUGGUCUACAUUCACGGGGGAGGAUUCAUUGGAGGAUCUGCGCAUCCCAGUUAUCUUGGACCGGAAAAGUUUAUGUCCACCGAAAAGGUGAUUCUGGUUACCCCACAGUACCGUUUGGGGGUAUUUGGAUUCCUAUCCACACGUGAUCGAGAGGCACCCGGAAACUUUGGCCUUAAGGAUCAGGUCCUCGCACUUCAGUGGGUCCAGCAGAAUAUUGGAGCUUUCGGAGGAGAUCCUACUCAGGUGACAAUAUUCGGAUCUAGCUCCGGAGCCAGCUCUGUACAAUUUCACAUGAUGAGUCCUUCGAGCGAGGGACUGUUUUCCAAAGCCAUGAUGCUUAGUGGAAGUGCGUUAGCCUUUUGGAAUGAACCGUCCGAGGAUAGCGAAUUCUUGGCCCAGGAUCAGGUUUAUGUUUUGGGAGUUGGCGGGCGAGAAGAGAUGACAUCGAAACAGAUCAUAGAAAUUCUCAGAUUGGUCGACGCCGAAGACCUCCUGGCCAGUAUUGAUAAGCUGAAAGUUUGGCACACGCAACCCUCCAUUCUCUACACACCGGUUGUUGAAAAAUAUGCCGGUGGAGGCGCUUUUCUGGUAGAAGAUCCCAAAAAAAUAUGGCGGGAAGGACGGUACCAGAAAGUUCCCUGGAUGAUGGGAUACGUUCCGAAUGAGGGUUCUAUUGCUUCAGUUCGAAUUUUGAACGACCCUGCUCUGUUAGAUGAACUCAUACAACUGCAAAGACGAUACUUGCCACUUUUCAGUAACACCACUAGAAAACAUGCCAUGGACUUGUACGAAAGGUUUUUUCAAGGCAACCGAAUGAAUGUUGAUAAUUCCGAUGGUUUCGGCAAGGUAACUUACAAGAAAAAAAAAACAUAUUCCAUCCAAAAAUAA